AUGGCUAGGAGUUUGGACGAACAAGAGUCAAAACAUAGAAAGCGUGCUGAUUAUGGGUACUUUCUGUCCUACAGAACUCGCUGGAGCGAUAAUGACCAAUAUUCACACAUCAACAAUUCAGUUUAUUAUCAUUUGUUCGAUUCAAUCGUGAAUGCAUAUUUGAUUCAGCACUGUGGCCUUUCUCCUUCACAAUCUACACAGAUUGGACUGGUCGUUUCAUCACAUUGUCAGUUUUUUGCUCCUCUUUCGUUCCCGCAGGUCCUUAACUUGGGCUUGAGAGUUAAAAGUCUUGGAAAGAGCUCGGUAACAUAUGAAGUAGGAGUGUUCGAGGAAGGAAAAGAUUCUCCAGCUGCCGUCGGAGGAUAUACGCAUGUUUUCGUCAAGAGCAACUCGAGGAAAAGCACACCUAUCGGCACAGAUAUGCGGGAAGGCCUUAUCAAAAUGUCCUGGAUGGGGAAAACCUUACUCAAUUCUUUGAUGACUGUCAGACGUACGGACGAAGGAUUUUGA